ACCACUUAGUGCCUGAACAACUACAAGGAUAAUAAUUAACAGUAGCCCAAGAUUUUCCUACCACAGGCACCCAGUUUACUUGGGGGCCCCAGGAAGUUCAAAACAAUUGGGAGAGUGGAUCCUGGCACCAGUACCAGCUCCUACCAUGCUUCAUCAGUGCUCGUAUUUAAUAGCAAACACUGACUGCCUUGUAUCAUAGUUAUUUCCAAACACAGAGCCACAGCAUGUGCUCUUCUGUGCAAUCCUCUGUCAGAGGAUUGAUGGCGAUUCUGUUUUAAUUUUCUGUCUUUCUUUCAGGCUUGAGAAAUUCUCAAGGAUAAAGACUAUAACACUCUCAAUACCUGCCAUAAUGCCUGGUGUGUUGUAGUCAGCUGUGACUUAAUAAAUCCUUAUUGGAUCAACAGCUAUGACCUUCAGGAUCAUAAAGGAUCAUGACCUCACUCCUCUUAACAAAGGAGAGAGAUAAAGUUCAGAAAUGACUAUAAAUCCAGGAAAGAGAAUGUGCCUUUUCCAUCUCUCCAUCCUUGAAUGCCUUGACCCUCCUUACUCAGCUGUGCCCUGAUCAUCAUUAAAUUGGCAGAUAGCAAGAAGCUGAGAAGAACAGAUUGUACACUGGAUGACAGGAGCAGAAUUCAAAAAGAUUCAGGAGCACCUUCUGCUCCAUCAUUGCUCAGCUAACAGAGGAGACCCAGCCGCUAUUUGAGACCACACUCAAGUCCCGGGCUGUGUCCGAGGACAGCGACGUCAGAUUCACCUGCAUCGUCACAGGGUACCCAGAGCCAGAGGUGACCUGGUACAAGGAUGACACAGAGCUGGACCGCUACUGUGGCUUGCCCAAAUACGAGAUCAUGCAUCAGGGCAACCGUCACACCCUGCAGCUCUACAGGUGUCGAGAGGAAGAUGCUGCCAUCUAUCAGGCCUCUGCCCGGAAUGCCAAGGGCAUUGUGUCCUGCUCAGGGGUCUUAGAGGUGGGCACCAUGACUGAAUACAAGAUCCACCAGCGCUGGUUUGCCAAGCUGAAGCGCAAGGCUGCAGCAAAGAUGCGGGAAAUCGAGCAGAGCUGGAAGCACGGGAAAGAGGCUGUGGGCGAGGCUGAUGCCCUGCGCAAACUCAGCCCUGACCGCUUCCAGCGAAAGCGGCGGCUGAGCGGGGCUGAGGUGCCUGUCCCCUUGGCCCCUGCCCGGGAAGUCGAGGAUGGACCCCUUGUGGCUUGGCAGGAGGGAGAGACCGAGCCUGGUCAGCACCCAGGUUUGGGCCUAAUCAACAGUCUUGCUUCUGGAGAGGUGACCACCAAUGGGGAGGCUGCCCCUGAGAACGGGGAGGAUGGAGAGCGUGGCCUGUUGACCUACAUCUGUGAGGCCAUGGAGCUGGGGCCUCAGAGAGCUCCCAAAAAGGAGUCUGGGGCCAAGAAGAAGAAGAAAGACGUGGAACCUAAGCAAGGAGUGCGGAAACCAGAGGUGGAGAAGGCAGCUCAAAGCCAUCGUGCCUCAGAAAACCGUUUCCCCAGUUCAGACAAGCCUGACUCCCGUGGGACACAGGGGCCCUUGGACGUGGAGCAGGUUCAGACCCGGCCCAGAGGCAGGGCUGCCCGGGGGCCUGGAUCCCCUGGAGCAGAUGGCACCAGGAAGCCAGCCACUGGUGCAGGUACUCCAGACCAGGCCCAGAAGACCCAGGCCCCGGCCCCUGUCCCAGGCCCAGAGCCGGAAGUGUAUUUCUCCUUGAAGGACAUGUACCUGGAGAGCACCCGAGCGGACCAGCCCCAGAUGGAAGCAGAGGCCCAGACCCCUCGGGGCAGGACACCUGGAGAGAGGCCCUCACGUCGGGAAUCCAGCGAAGCUGGAGGUGAGAGGGGGCCUGCUGCCCCCGGCCAGCCUGUGCCUUCAGCUCCCCAGCCAACCAGGCCCCUCAACAGGAAGAGGUUUGCCCCUCCGAAGCUCAAAGGAGAGCCCACUGCCAGCAGCAAGCCUGAUUCCUCCCCGAGUCAAGAUUCAGAACCUGGGGCUCAGAGCUCGAGGAAGACUCCAUCCCAGACUUCUGCCCAAGUGCCCACACCCCCUGCGCGUCGGAGACACAGCACCCGGGACAGCCCCCUGCAGGGACGAGCAGGCCCCAGCGCUCCAGGCAAGGUCCAGGAGUCCCAGGCAACCGUAGCUCCUGCACCGGCCGGCAGCAGCUCUGAUCCAGUCUCUGCUGGUCACAGCACCUCUAGAAGUCAGGGCAUCAUUGAGCCCAUGGAUGCAGAAACCCAGGAGGACAGGAGAAUGUCUGUUGACCAGAAAACAGGAGGUGAAAAGAAUACAGAGGUGGACAGGAAGAUGCAAGUGGACGGGAGGACGCAGGGAGAUCAAACAGAAGCCUCCCAGUGGACUCAGGCAGAUAGGAUGACACAAGUGGAUGUUGUGAUGCAAGGAAGUAAGAGAUCAGAGUCGGACAGGAAUUCCCAGGAGGACGUGAUGGCACAAGGAAGGGUGGGGACGCAGGCAGAAGAGAGGACCCAGGAAGAUGAAUGGGUGCAGCAAGAUAAGGGGACACAGUCAGAGGGGAGCACUCCCUCAACCACGAAAGGUCAUUCAGAGAAGGCGUCCAUGACCAGUCUCAGACCACACUCCAGAGCCCCCAAACGCCCACCUUCGGAGGAUCCUAGGUCUCCUCAGGUUAUUGAAGGCUUUGGACAGAGCCAGGAUGAGUUCUCUGUCCCAGACAAACCGGGUUGUAUGCUCACAUCUGACGAGACACCAGGACCAGCCUCUGGGAACCAGGAGGAAGCUGUGCUGGGUCCCCUGGCGGGGGGCCUCGCUCCCAGGGCACAACUGCCUCCUGAGGUCCGUUCGGAGCCGGUUGGAGGAGAGCGCUCUGGAGGGCUGGAGUGGUCCGCUCCGGGGAGGGACAGACCAAGGGAGGGCCUGUUCCAGGGUCCGAGGGAGGAAGAGCUGGGAAGAGUGCCACCUGCAGCUCUGGGUGGCCGCCCUCCAGGGGGCUUAGGCCCUGAGGAGCGCCCCCUGCCCUCUCCUCCUGAGGCUGGCCUGACUCGUCAUUCCCAGGAGGGGCUGCCCAGCACCCCAGCUUCUCAACCCAGGAGUGCAGCUGCCUUCCCGCCCUCUGAGGACAAGACCUUGCUGAGCUCUGCUCCCUCACUGCACCUGGGGCCAGGGACAGCCAGCCAGAGUCACCCUCCAGAAACUGUGGCAGCAAACAGCGAGGGGCCCUGUGCCAAGGUGCCAGAGGCGGAUGGGAGGACUUCAGGUCCCCGGACCUGUGACCCUGGCCUCAUAGACUCCCUGAAGAACUACUUGCUUCUGCUGCUAAAGCUGUCCAGCUCAGAAGCAAGUGGAGGGGGCCCGGAGUCUCAGGGGGAAGCUGCCGCUGGGGGUCCGGCGCCCCUGCCCACCCUGGCCCCCACCAUAGAAGUGGCUGGACUGAGUCCGCGAACGUCACGGCGCAUCCUGGAGCGCGUGGAGAACAACCACUUGGUGCAGAGCGCACAGACCCUCCUGCUGAGCCCCAGCACCUCCCGCCGCCUCACCGGCCUCCUGGACCGCGAGGUGGAGGCUGGCCGGCAGGCCUUGGCUGCUGCCCGGCGCCCAGGCCCCAGCCCCCUCUCAGUCCCCGCCAUUGUGGUCGGUGAGGCGGAGGGCCCUGGGCUGGCAUCAGGAGGAUCCAGUGAGGGUGAGGGACAGCUUCCCCUUGAGGGGCCUGGCCUCCUGGAGGUCUCUCGGGAAAGCAGCAUGGGUGGGCUGCUUAGGGAGGAGGGUGGUGGGCAGGCAGCCCCUGGGCAGGGCCUGCUGUCAACCGAGAGCAGAGCCCAGGAGCCCUCCCCAGAGGUGGAGGCCCCCGGGGAGGCGCUCCCCGCGGCGACGCCCGAGGAGCUGGCUCUGGGGGCCCGGAGGAAGAGAUUUCUCCCAAAGGUAAAAGCUGCGGGAGAUGGAGAGGGCACCAAGCCUGAAGAAAGGGAGAGCCCCUCAGUCUCCCCCAGGGGGCCCAGGAAGGCCCUUGCACCUGGGUCUCCAGGGACUCCCGGGCGGGAGAGACGCUCCCCGACUCAAGGCAGAAAGGCAGGCAUGCUGGAGGUGCCGCGGGCAGAGGAGGAGUUGGCAGCAGGAGACCCAGCCCCCAGCCCCAAAGCUGGCAGUCUAGACGCUGAGCUGGCCCUGGAGGAAGGCAAUCAGGAUGCUCUGGCCAAGUCCAGGAAGGCGAAAGACCUGCUGAAAGCUCCACAGGUGAUUCGGAAGAUUCGGGUGGAGCAGUUUCCUGACGCCUCGGGCAGCCUGAAGCUCUGGUGCCAAUUCUUCAACAUUCUCAGUGACUCGGUCCUGACGUGGGCCAAGGAUCAGCGCCCAGUGGGCGAGGUGGGCAGGAGUGCCGGGGAUGAGGGGCCCGCGGCCCUGGCCAUCGUGCAGGCGUCCCCCGUGGACUGUGGCGUGUAUCGAUGCACCAUCCACAACGAGCACGGCUCAGCCUCCACCGACUUCUGCCUCAGCCCCGAGGUGCUGUCAGGAUUCAUCUCCAGAGAAGAAGGUCAAGUUGGAGAAGAGAUUGAGAUGACCCCCAUGGUGUUUGCUAAGGGUCUGGCUGACUCUGGCUGCUGGGGGGACAAGCUCUUUGGGCGCUUGGUGAGUGAGGAACUUCGAGGGGGUGGACACGGUUGCAGCCUGAGGAAGGCCUCGCAGGCCAAGGUCAUCUACGGGCUGGAACCCAUCUUCGAGUCAGGCCGUACGUGCAUCAUCAAGGUGUCCAGCCUGCUUGUGUUCGGGCCCAGCAGCGAGACUUCUCUCCUGGGCAGAAACUAUGACGUCACCAUCCAGGGGUGCAAGAUCCAGAACAUGAGCCGGGAGUACUGCAAAAUCUUUGCGGCUGAAGCCCGGGCUGCUCCUGGCUUUGGAGAGGUGCCUGAGAUCAUCCCACUGUAUCUGAUCUACCGGCCUGCCAACAACAUCCCCUAUGCCACCCUGGAGGAGGACCUGGGCCAGCCCCUAGAGUCCUACUGCUCCCGGGACUGGGGCUGUGCUGCGGCUCCUGCAGCGCCUAGCAGCUCUGAGGCCGUGUGGAAAUGCCAGACCUUCCAGCACUGGCUGUAUCUGUGGACGAAUGGCAGCUUCCUUGUCACAGACUUGGCAGGGGUUAACUGGAAAAUGACUGAUGUGCAGAUUGCUACCAAACUGCGAGGGUACCAAGGCCUCAAGGAGAGCUGUUUCCCCGCCCUGCUGGACCAGUUUGCCUCCUCCCACCAGUGCAACACCUUCUGUGAGAUGCUGGGGCUAAAACCCCUCAAGGGCCCAGAGGCCACCCACCCCCAAGCCAAGGCCAAGGGCUCCAAGAGUCCAUCUGCUGGCAGGAAGGGCCCCCAGCUGAGUCCUCAGCCCCAGAAGAAAGGCCCCCCGAGUCCCCAGGGCACCCGGAAGAGUGCCUUGGGUUCCAAAGCCACCCCUCAGGCCUCAGAGGUGGUCGCCACCCAGUUAUUGGGACAGUCUCCCAUCCAAGAGGGAGCCUCCAAGGCCCAGGGUAUGCGGUAGCCCCCACAGGAGGCUGGGGGCCUCCAUCCAGCAGCAGACCAACAAGGAAGCAGCUCAAACCGCCAGAGAUGUUACCAGUACAGAACCAACUGGAGCAGGUGUGCCCCAGGAGGCUCCACCCAGGGCCUUUCCAAGCAGCUGCUCCUCACUCAGCUCCUCAUCAGACACUGGGCGUGUGGCACCCAGUCCCGUGGCCUCUCCUGGUGCCAUUGUCACCAGGGCUCCCAGGCCCCACCUCCAAGUGCCUGGCAGCCUGGCCAUCCUUGAAGUUUACACUGGCCACUGCUGGGGCUGCCCUGAGUCCUCUGCAUGGUCUGCAGCCAAUGUCCUGCCCAGACCCGUCUGCUAACGUCAUGCUCUGGGGCAUGUGGGACAGCAUCUCCCUUCUCCCUUCACUUGGCUCUGAUCUCUCCCUGCCCUCAGGGCUCCAGACUUCCUCUGCUCUGUCUGGCCUGGUGACUCUCAGGGUCUUUUCCUUUAGCCAGUUUGCCUCAUUUAUCCCAGCUUAUCUUGCCACUAACCUGUCCCUGAGCCUAAAUGGGUCUCAGGGCCCUUCCAGGGCCUUUCCCCUCCUUGUGCAGUGGUCUUUGGUGAUGCGUGUUCAUGCUCAGCCUUUCCCUGUUGCUCAGGCACUCACUCCCCUGCCUCCCCUGCCCCCUUGCUCCCCACCCCCCAUCCCUGGCUUUGAGCCCGAUUGCAGCCUGUGCCUGCCUUUCGCUGACUGUCCCCCUACCCGAGGGCUUCCUAGCUGACCCCCACCCUACCCACCACACCUCGGGAAGGAGCACAUCCUCUGGCCUCACAGCCGCCACCCCCAGUACACCUGUCCCCUCCUCCCAGGCCCUCUGCCGUGAGGUGAGGGUUGCAUCAGCAGCUGUGGCCAGAGGGAAGGCGUCGACUUUGUGAGACCUUGUGCUCCUUACUGAAAGGAGAGGGAGUCACAGUGAAUUCCACACUGCCUCUUGACCGGGGACAAAGGGCUGGACUCUUCUCCAGAGGGAGUACAUGUGGGAGUUCUGGGAAGAAUGCAGCCCAUCCCCAUGUGGGGUGGACAAGCGUCUCUGUCUGGGGAUUAGGACCCCUGCCUCCAACCUUCAGCUCUCAAUCCUGGGCCUCCAGCUCUGGGCCUCAGUAUGGAGGAGUUGUCCUCAGCCCAGCACCCUGGGUCCUUCCUGAGAGCCCUUCUUGAGGCCUGGGAGUGGGGAGUCUAGAGCUAGCCCAGUCCCCUUGGAAUGCAAUAAAGGCAGCCACUGUGCAUCCAGCUCACCUCCUCUAGUGUGGUUGUAGGUGUACGGGGUUAGGGUCCCCUCUUCCCCAGGCAGGGUUUUCUGAGGACAUCCUCCAGUCCCUGGACCCACUGGAAAGAUAGAUCCAUGAUUUGGCUCCUGGAUUGACAGUCUCAGCCUUCCAUGGCCACAGCCAGACAAUCUGUGCUUGUACCGCUGGGAAGAUGACUUGGGUCCCUGAGCAUGAGGGUGCUUAGGCCUUUGGAACUGCUCCUUCAUCUGGAAGAAGAACGCAAAGAAAGGAACCCAGGAAAGAAGAGUAGAGCUGGAGAGACGCUCAGUGUCUCCGACUGCCUCCACUGCAGCAAGACCAGCUGAAGGGAUGACCAGUGCCGCCGUCCUCUCAGUUACUCACAGACUGUCUCCGGUUCCCAGCUGCAGAGGUUUCUCAGCCCUGGCCCCACCCGACUGCCCAGGCCUUUCUUUGCCCCAUAUUUCCCCCCUCCGCUAGACAUUUCUGACUUCUCUACCUCCUCUUGUGCUCAGGUGACUCUCCACACUUUCUCCUCUUGCCCCAAUGUGCCCCCCACUCUCCCAGCCUGCAUAUCCAGACUGCCUUGGUGAACUGA